AUGACAUUUUUCGCGUUUAAUAUCGCCACCCAAAUUGCGAACGCUGACACCUCUGCUACCCAAAGUGCACGAGUUACUAAAGCCGAAGCCCGUGCUAGACAAGCCAAAUCUAUUAAGAACGCUGAAGCUUUAAACGCUGGACGUCCUGCCAACUUGCAGAAGCCGCAAGCCGCUGCAUGGAAGUAUGCUAUAUUUACGGAAGCCGCAAGAAGAGCAGCAGCCGCAAGUGCUCUUGAAAUGGCUCGUGCUGCAGAAGCACUGCGCAUCGCUGAAGCUAACAUUUUACGCUAUAAUACAAAAAAGAAAUCAUUAUAUGAAACAAAACAACAUUUAGUAAACAUCUAUUUUACUAUUGCCUGA